AAUUGAUAAAAUAGGUACCUAACCUCAAAAAUCAGCAAUCCUCAAUGUUAAACUAAAAAUAUUUACAGAAAAAUGAGUGGAAGACUUGUGUUUCAGUCGUUAUAUUGUAGCUUUACAAGGAAAAUACCUUUAAAACACAGCUUCUCGUCUUCAAAUCGAUUAUACGUCGGUAUAUUUCGAGUUUCAAGUAAUGAAUUUUGUACCAAAACAGAAGCUCAGUUUGUUGAGAAGAAACAUUGUAAUAUAGGAACUAUUGGUCAUGUAGACCACGGGAAGACUACGCUUACUGCUGCUAUAACUAAGAUAUUAGCUAAAGAUGGGUUGGCGCAGUACGUAUCGUACGAUGAAAUCGACAGAGCACCGGAGGAAAAAGCGAGAGGUAUAACAAUAAAUGCAGCCCAUGUGGGUUACAGCACCAAGCUACGUCAUUAUGCACACACAGACUGUCCCGGUCACGCAGAUUUUAUACGAAACAUGAUAUCUGGAGCUUCACAAAUGGAUGCUGCAGUGCUUGUGGUUGCUGCCAAUGACGGACCCAUGCCGCAAACUAGGGAACAUCUGUUAUUGGCUAAGCAAGUUGGGAUACAGUAUAUAAUUGUGUUCAUUAAUAAGGCUGAUUUAGUUGAUUCUGAGUUGUUGGAAUUGGUAGAAAUCGAAAUGAGAGAGCUACUUUCAGACUUUGGUUACGAUGGCAACACUGUGCCCAUGAUUUGUGGCUCAGCGAUGAAGGCUUUGAAUGGAGACGAGUCAGAAUAUGGCGCACCAUCGAUACGAAAACUUCUAUCGACUAUGGACGAAUACGUACCACCAAUAGUAAGGGAUUUAUCAUCCCCCUUCCUAAUGCCCAUAGACAAUGCGUUUACAGUCCCCGGUAGAGGAACAGUUGUCGUUGGAACAAUCAAAAGAGGUAUUAUGAAGAAAAAUGCCGAAGCCGACCUCUUGGGUUUUGGGCAGAAUAUUAAAACGACUAUUUCUGAUGUACAGAUAUUCAAGAAUAGUGUGCCUGAGGCCUUAGCUGGCGAUAAUGUAGGCGUAUUACUGCGUGGUAUGAAAAUCAAAUCAGUGCAAACUGGAAUGCUUCUAACAGCGGCAAAGAGUUGCUUCCUAACCAAUCACUAUAAAGCGAAGAUUUAUUUCCUAACACGGAAUGAGGGCGGUAGAAGAAAACCUAUAUUCUCCAAAUACUCCCAGCAAAUGUUUAGUGGUACUUGGAAUAUUGCUGUUAGAAUUGAUUUGGAACCAACACAACAAAUGAUGAUGCCAGGCGAUCACGGAGAAGUGUACCUAACUCUUUUGGAAGACAUGGUUAUGACCGUAGGCCAGCCAUUUACAGUGAGAGAAAAUAAUGUUACUGUUGCCACGGGCAUUAUAACUGAAACUUUGUCCUCAAUAAACGUGCCUAAAGGAAAAUUAGGAAAGGUUGCACUAAAGUUUGAUGAUUAAGUGUAUAUUUAUUGUAUGUAGAUUUUAUUGUAUACUGUAGAUUAUAUUAGGUAUGUAAUGUUAAUAAAUUAUGUUAUUGUUUAAA